AAAGAAUUGACUUCAAUAAUUAUUGUGUGUUUUCGCCUCCAUUUUGUUCAACCAUUGUGGAUUUUUUUAUNCAAUAAUUAUUGUGUGUUUUCGCCUCCAUUUUGUUCAACCAUAGUGGAUUUUUUUAGUUUUAUUAAAGAAGAUUUUACUGUAUUAGUAAACUAUGUGAUAAAAAAACACUCUUAUGUCGAAGCUGAUGUAAAUAUGUAUGCAUUGUAUCAUGACGAAUGUUCUAGUUUAAACAAUAAUAAAUAUUUAGCUGAAGUUAAGUGGUUUGGAGUCAAAAAUAAGGUAUUAACAAAAGAAAUUGACGUAGAAUGGUUUUAUCGGAAAAUAGCUAAUUCUUUAAUGUUUCAAUGUGAAACAUUUCAAAUAUCAGGUUGGUCUUUAGAAGAAAUAAUUUGGUUAGAAAUUGUAGUAACCAAAUCUUUAACCGAAAACGAACCAUCUAUAAUUAUCAAUUGUCCUGUUAGCUACAAUAAAAAUUUCAAUCAAUCAAUUCCAGAAGUUCCUAAAAUGCGUUUGGUGCGAUGUCGUCCUUGUGGAGUUUAUAUUAUUCGGGAUAAUUACAGCGAGCACAUAAACACAGUCGUGCAUAAAAAUUCGGCUUCUAAGUACAUCAGUGAUUGGGUAGUGAUUAUAGAUGGCCCUUCUGGAAAUCGCAUAAAAGGCUAUAGAAUAUUAUCAAGAACUCAGUGUGUAUCACUGUCCGAGUUUUUUAGUUCAGUUGAAUCAGAUGUACUAGGUAUUGUUGAUCAAACCUUGUUGGAGUAUUCAGCUGUCAAUAUGAGCGUACAAUUAUUUAGUCAUUACAAUGACAGCAAUAUUAUUUCUAAACAAAGUGAAAAAGGAAAUAUACUACAGUCCAAUGGUUUCAUGGGUAAAGUCAAGUCUUUUAUGAUGUCAAACGAGAUACUUACUCGAACAUCAAGUUUGCUGAACUGGUAUCAAAGUAUGUCCGAAAAUCUUAAAUCACAUAAUGAAGAAAUGUUAUCCAGUGAAACCACGUGGACCUUAGACAGGAUUAUGUUUUUUGAAAUUUAUUUUUAUAAAAAUAGUAUAGAUUCAUAAAGUACUAUUUAAUUUUUAUAUAUUAAUUUUAUGAUAUUUCAAUAGUU